AUGACAAUUCCUACCGAAAAUGGUCGCAAUACUGAGAAACAAUUUCCCCCACCGGCUGAUAUAGAUUGGUCUUCUCUCAGCCUUGCAGACCCACCAAAAGUGAACGGGCAUGUCGAGUGUAGCUACGAUGCAUCGACUGGAAUAUGGAGCUCUCCGGAGCUGAUUGCCAGCCCUUAUAUUCAGGUUCAUGGACUAGCUCCUGGUCUCAACUAUGGACAGCAGGUAUACGAAGGGCUUAAAGCAUUUCGCACGGCGGAGAAUACCCUACACAUUUUCCGCCCCGAAGCCCAUGCAGCUCGAAUGCGCCACUCAGCAAACAUGGUUUGUCUGCCAAAAGUCUCUGACGAACUAUUUCUAGAGUGCAUGCGACUAGCCGUCGCGGGCAAUGCAGAAUUUGUUCCUCCAGCUGAUAGCGCCGGCUUUCUAUAUCUGCGACCGGUACUUUUCGGUUCUGGUGCGCAGAUUGCUCUGGCACCAUCUAACAAGACCGUAUUGGCCGUAUAUGUCAUUCCUGGUGGCGCAUACCAUGGAACAGAUGCGCUCGAUGCACUCAUCAUGGAAGACUUCGACCGUUCAGCACCGCGUGGUACGGGAAGUGGCAAGCUAGGGGGCAAUUACGCGCCGGCUUGGCCGCACCAGGCACGCGCUCGACAACGUGGAUUUGGUCUCACGCUCCAUCUGGACAGCGAAACGCGAUCUCAAAUUGAAGAGUUCAGCACAAGUGGCUUCGUUGGUGUGGAAGGGGCGUCGAAAACAAUUUACGUGCCAGACACACAGAACGCUAUCCGCAGUAUCACGAGCGAGUCUCUCACCAGUGUCGCAAAGCAAGACGGUUGGACGGUACAACACUGCGCGAUUCCUUUUAACACCCUUGGCCGAUUUUCCGAAGUCUUCGCGGUCGGUACAGCGGCUACUGCUGUUCCAAUCCGCUCGAUUUUACGUGAUUCUACGGGCGAACGAUUCGAGUUUGGAGGUGCAGUGCAAGGUAAAGAGAUAAUACAGAAGCUGUCGGGAAUACAAAGAGGGACAGAGUUAGAUGAGUUCAAUUGGCGUUGGAGUGUCUAUCCCCUAUGA